UAUGAGUUAUUAAUUAUUUAUAUAAUCAAAUUAUAAAUAAUCAAAUUCUGAUUCUAAUUUAAUUAUUUCCUUAAAAAUAUUAAAACUAAUAUUUUUAGAAAAAUAAAAAAGUUUAGAUUGGUUUUAUCAAAUAAACUAUAAGAAGCUCACUACUUAGAAUUAUUUGGUCUUUUAAAAGAAGAAAAUGUUUAAGUAUCUAAUUAAUCUGAUGCUCCAAAAUCUAUAACCACUAAAUCUGCCUGUUAAUUAAGCAAUAGCAGAUUAUGAAAUGAAAAUGGGUAAUUUUAAAGAAGCUAUUAAAUAAUUUUAGUAUGUUAGACAGAAAAGAUAAGAAAGAGAAUCUCAACCAUCAAUAAGUUUUUAAGAAUAAAGUAAUUUGUUAUUAUAACAUCCGAGAAAAUAAGAGUGCUGAAACAGAUAUAAAAGAAGCACUUAAAUUUUAUCCUUUAGAUACUAAACUAUAUUGCAUUAUAGGCUGAGAUAUUUGAAGCAUAAGGCAAAUAUGAGGAAGCAGAAUAAUUUUUGAAUAAAUUUCAUAAAGAUAUUUUAAAUGAUCCAGUUAUAUUAGAUGCAAAUGGUAAGGUAUAUCUUUAUUAAUUGAAAUAUACACAAGCUGAAGCAGUAUUUAAAUAAAUUAAAGGAGUAGAGGCUUAACUAGGAUAUGCUUAGUCAUGUUUAAAGUAAAAGAAAUAUACUGAAGCUAUCAAAGAAUAUCAAUAAAUACUAUAGUAGAAUCCUAAAAAUUUGAAUGCAUUAAAUAGUUUGGGUAUUUAUUAUUUGGAAACUUAAAAAUAGGAUGAAGCAAAGAUUCAGUUUGAUAAAGUUUUUUAAUAACAAAAAACUGAUACAAUUGCUUUAAGUAAUAUAAGUAUAAAUAGAAUUAGAAUUGGAAUAAUAAAAUAAGGAUGGUAAAUAAGAAUAACAUUUAAAUGAAGUUAUAAGGAUAUGUGAAAUUGUUACAAAAUCAUCAAAUCCUUUUAAGAGAGCAGUAAAUUUUAAUCGUUUAAGAAAAUGUUAAAAGAAGUACGAUAAAGCUUUAGAUGCAUUUAUAAAUAGUGUAGCUGCUGAAUCAAAAUUUGUAUUUGCAUGGUCAAAUAGAGCAUAAGUGGAAUUAUAAAUAGAUAAGUCAGGAGAAUCUUUAACAAGUUUAAUGGGUUUAAAAAUAGCAUAAAUUAAUCGAGGUUGCAAAUCAAGAUAGAUAAGAUAAUAAAUAAGUUAGUAAGUAAGCUGAAUAAUUUAAUUUUUAGUUUUAUAUUAUAGCUCGAGAUAGUGGUUGUUGUAUAACUUACUGA